UAGUGAGGUCAUGCUCUCUUCCCUCUGUUUACCAUCCCCAGACUUCCCAGAGACUCAGAGGGAGAAGCAACAAGAAAACACUGAGGUGUCUUUGAGGAUGUGAAAUUUAUUUUAAAUCAUUAGGAGCAGGAAUAGAUGUUUUCGCCAUUCCCUGCUACAUGGCCAGCCUCGUCCGCUGCGCUCCUCUGCCGGAAGGGAGCACACUUGUUGAGGAUCCGCAGUUUCAGGAGAUAUUACUGAGGAGCCGCAGCUUGGUACAAAAGAUCCUCCUCUCCAUUCCCGACACGCACAAAUCCUGCAUUUAUACAGAGGGUCUACAACUGAAUUCCUCCGAAAAUGCAAAGCUGGCAACAAUGGCAACAAUCAUUAACAUCCCCCCUGCUCCUGCACUCAGAGCUGUGUCAGAAAGCGUCACUUUGAAAACCAGUUUGACACAGAUGUCUGAGGGUCUUCAUCUGCACCAGGACUUACUGAACUCUGUCUCUCAGAAGCUGCAAAGCAAAGACAAAGUGACAGAGCUAAUGGCUGACAUCAGAGACCUUACCAUCCAGGUCAAUAAGAUGCUGAAAAUGGUCCAAAAAGAAGCUGUGGUGCAGCCCAGUCCAACACCUGUUGCUUUAAAUCUACCGGGGGAAUAUGAGGUUCAGGUGGCAGCACACCUGACUCUGGUGCAGCUCCAGUCCUUUGGACAAGAUGCAGUCCGCCUCCUCAGGAGUCUGGACCAGAGUGAGGAGACAGAAAACUAAUGAAUGAAUACUCUUAACUGCUUUUGGCAUAUACCCAAAAUGUACCUUAUUGGGCCAUUUUUUCAUGGCCAUUAUUUAUAUUUAUGUUAUUUAUUUUAAUUAAUUUAUCUGUUUCUAUUUAUGUAUUUAUUUAUUAAUAUGGCAUAUGAAAUAUUUUAGUAAUUAAUUUUAGUUUUUGAUAAAGUUUUCCAUAGUUUCCAAGCAACCUCUGUUUUAACACAGGUCUGCUGACUUGUGCUUCACUGUUUACAUGACAUAACUGAAAAUGCAAUCAUUCUCAACUCUCAAAAACAAACGUAAAUGUCUUUGUUAUUCUAUUGCCCAGAAGCUAUACUUACAAUUACUUUCCGUUGAAGAAUUUAAUGACAAUAAUAGCAUGUGAAAACAGCAAGAUUAAUAUCAAGUGCCACACUCAUUUAAAAAAGUUUUGUGGAUAUUAUGUAUCUUAUUAUAUUAUUUCCUGUUCAAUUUUUUUUAAAUUAAAACUAUUUUUGGAUUGAAUUUAAAAACUGUUUGUAUUUUGUGAUCUUUUAAUAAAAAAAACAAACAAGAAAACA